AUGGCCCAAAACGGUCUGAACACUGGACUUCGAAGGCCAAAUUAUAAAUCCCCUUUAUCUGAUUAUGUUUUACAAACUGAAUUACCCAUGGGUCGCAAGAUCCCUAAGUUUACCAAAUUUUCAGGUGAUACGAGUGAAUCUACCACAGAGCACAUAGCCAGGUUUCGUUUUCUAAAAGCUAGAUGCUUCACAGUGGUACCUGAACACGAAUUAAUCGAAAUGGCCGCUGGAGGUCUAGAUUACUCCAUCGGGAAGAAAUCAGACACUCAAUAUCUGAGAGAUAUGGCCCAAUUGGCUGAUGGAGUUCGCCAGGUCGAAAGAUUAAAGGCUGAGAAGGCUAGGGCAAAUAACAGUUAUGAAAAGGAAAGGGUUACCUACGUCGAAGUAGACAAAGAAGAACCAGAAACCUUCGAGGACCAGUAUGGUUUCGAAGACUGCGAAGUGGAUCUAGCCGAAUUAAAAGAAGCAGGCCCCUAUACAUGCAAGAUGAUCACACCAUCAAACGGAAAAAAAACCCGUCGUGAUUGA